CGCAGCCGCAGAAGGAGACCGGGCGGCGAUGGCCGCGAUCUCGCUGGAGACCGUCCCCAAGGACCUGCGGCACCUGCGGGCCUGCCUGCUCUGCUCCCUCGUCAAGACCAUCGACCAGUUCGAGUAUGAUGGCUGUGACAACUGCGAGACGUAUCUGCAGAUGAAGGGCAACCGCGAGAUGGUCUAUGACUGCACCAGCUCCUCCUUCGAUGGGAUCAUCACCAUGAUGAGCCCUGAGGACAGCUGGGUCUCCAAGUGGCAGCGGAUCAGUACCUUCAAGCCAGGUGUCUAUGCGGUGUCUGUGACCGGCCGCCUGCCCCAAGGGAUCGUCCGAGAGCUGAAGAGCCGUGGCGUGGCCUACAAGUCUCGGGACACAGCCAUAAAAACCUGAAGGGCCCUUGUGCUGCCUGGAGAUCCCAGUGCUGCAUGGAAGAAGCCCUGGGCACUGCUCCAAAACCUCUGAGCUUUAUCCUGUAGGGAAGUGGGUCUGGACUUGGGGUGUG